AUGUUAAAAUGGUUAGUAGACGAAGAGUUGGCAAUGCUUGCAAUCAAUACGAACAAAUUGAUCAGUGAAAGUGAUGUUGAAUGCAUACCAAAAAGAGUACAAUGUGCAAUAAUUGACGAAACUAUAGCUGUAGGAGAAAUUAAACAUUUUUUUACAACAGAUGGAUGGACUGCUGUCCAACAAAUUAUUAAUGCCAAAAAACAACGUGCAACUUGGGUUUGUCCGGUUUGUUCAGAAGAUGCUUCCACAAAAUCCAUUUGCUGCAACCGCUGUUUGGAAUGGUCUCAUUUUAUAUGCGCAAGAGUAAAUGUGAAAUCAAAACAGUGGUUUUGUACUAUUUGUAAAUUAGCAGCCAAAUAA